CGCGGCACAUGGGGCGGCUGACCGAGGCGGCGGCGCGCGCGGCAGGGCCCCCUCCCACUCCCCUGCCCCUCUCGUCCACGGCCCUCGGGUGCGUGGCCACCAUGGCGUCCAGCGAGGAGGACGGCACCAACGGCGGCGCCUCGGAGGCCAGCGAGGAGAAGGAGGCCGCCGGCAAGAGGCGGCGGCGCGGCUUGCUGGCCACCGUCUGGCUCACCUUCUACAACAUCGCCAUGACCGCGGGGUGGUUGGUUCUGGCAAUUGCCAUGGUACGUUUUUAUAUGGAAAAAGGAACACACAGAGGUUUAUAUAAAAGUAUCCAGAAGACACUUAAGUUUUUCCAGACUUUUGCCUUGCUUGAGAUAGUCCACUGUUUAAUUGGAAUCGUACCUACUUCUGUGCUUGUGACUGGGGUCCAAGUGAGUUCAAGAAUCUUCAUGGUGUGGCUCAUUACUCACAGUAUAAAACCGAUCCAGAAUGAGGAGAGUGUGGUGCUUUUUCUGGUCUCGUGGACUGUGACAGAGAUCACUCGCUAUUCCUUCUACACAUUCAGUCUUCUCGACCACUUGCCAUACUUCAUUAAAUGGGCCAGAUAUAAUUUUUUUAUCAUCUUAUAUCCUGUUGGAGUUGCUGGUGAACUUCUUACAAUAUAUGCUGCCUUGCCAUAUGUGAAGAAAUCGGGGAUGUUUUCAAUUCGACUUCCUAACAAAUACAAUGUCUCUUUUGACUACUACUACUUUCUUCUUAUAACCAUGGCUUCAUAUAUACCGCUGUUUCCACAACUCUACUUUCAUAUGUUACGACAAAGAAGAAAGGUGCUUCAUGGAGAGGUGAUUGUAGAAAAGGAUGAUUAAAGAUCCCUGCAAACAAGGUGCUUUUUCCAGAAUAACCAGGAUUACUUGAGUCCAAGUUUCCAUAACAAGAAUAAACAACUUCAUGAAAUAUCA